UGACGUAGCCGUCUUUGGUUUUAACCGAGGCGCAGCCUGUGCAGGGACAGAGAAAAGUGUUUUGAGACAAAGAUAAAGAGGCGAAACAGAGGAAUGAAGUGGCGAGGGGAGGUUUAAAGUGUCCUGAUUUGGUACGCGAUGUUGCUGUCGUGCCGUCCUGCGCGCUGCGAGACUGUGUGGAGCGUCUGGAGUGGGCACAACUGGUGUCCGCUCUCAUCCACAGCAGCAAACAGUUGGUUCUGAGCAUCAGGUGAUCGUCUCAGACAGCAUUCCCACUUCUCCUUCUUCUUCCUCUUCUUCUUCUUCUUCUGUCUCUGGGUGGACACCUUUUUUUUUUUAAGCAGAGGAGCAGAGAGAGUGGACGCGCCUGAACAAGUAUGACCAAAGGAUCCGCGCCCUGACGCGCUUCGGUGAGUGCAUGUUGGACCGGUGAGAGUGACUUGUGGACUAGUAUGAAGCGCCAUGGCUUGGUGUGACCGCGGGGUUCAAACGCUGCUGGCCACCGUGGGGGCUUUCGCUGCCUUCAGCCUUAUGACCAUCGCCAUCGGCACGGACUACUGGCUCUAUUCGCGGGCGUACAUCUGCAACAGCACCAAUGCCACCACGGACGAGACCCAAUCGCAGCCAAAAACCAAGAAGGGCGACCUCACCCACUCCGGGCUGUGGAGAAUCUGUUGUAUUGAAGGCAUCAAUCAGGGCAGCUGUUACAGAAUCAACCAUUUCCCUGAUGACAACGAUUACGACACGGACAGCUCUGAAUACCUGCUGCGUAUAGUUCGGGCCUCCAGUGUGUUCCCCAUCCUCAGCACUUGCCUGCUGAUGCUCGGCGGGCUGUGUGUCGGCGUCGGCCGAGUCUACAACAAGACAAACAACGUCCUCCUCAGUGCAGGCAUUCUCUUCGUAGCCGCAGGUCUGAGCAACAUCAUCGGCAUCAUCGUCUACAUCUCGAGCAACGCGGGAGACCCCAAUGAUAAGCGCGACGAUGACAAGAAGUACACCUACUCCUACGGCUGGUCAUUCUACUUCGGUGCCCUCUCAUUCAUUGUGGCCGAAACCGUGGCCGUCCUCGCCAUCAACAUCUACAUUGAGAGAAACAAGGAAGUCCGCUGGAGGGCGCGGCGCGAGUUCAUCCGCUCGCUCUCCUCCUCCUCCCCGUACUCAAGGAUACCGAGCUUCCGCUACCGCCGACGGACGUCGCACGCCAGCUCUCACUCUACAGAGGCGUCACGGGAGAACUCGCCGGUGGUUGGUUUGAAAGGAGUGCAAUCUUCCAGCGGGGCCCUGGAUGAGCUGUCCAUGUAUGCCCUGGCGAGGGACAGCGUGACAGAGAAUACGUACAGCCCCGAACAUGAGGCGGCCGCUGAGUUCCUCCAGGUCCAUAACUGUUUCCCCAAUGAUUUAAAGGACGGGGUGAAUCGCAGGACCACACCGGUGUGAGGGGCAUAUCGCUGGGGCUCGGAGUUCACCUGGAAGUGGAUGUGGGCGAAUCUGUUGGGCUUGUGGUAGCCAUCAUCACAAGAGACAGUCCUUUCUGAAAAGACUGGAGCAAAAGAGGGGGGGGACAGAAGACGAGCCAGUUAGUCAUCACCUGCUUGUAGAGAUCAUCGAAGCAGAAUAGAGUUACAUUGUCUAUGCUGUAGCCGAUGCAACAUUAGUGUUAAUUUUCAGCUGUCGAAAUGCUUAAAGGAGCAGCGCGUGGAUCACAUCCCCUGUUUGUGUAACGAUCACUGAACAUUUUGGAUGAAGGGAGGGUGGAGCGUUGAGAUGUGCUAAUCAGCAGUGUUCUGCCUGUAAAGUAUGUAAAACAAGGUGCUAAAUGAAAUGUACUCUUCAACUUGAAAGUGUUCCAUUUGUGCGUGCAGUUGCUAUAAAGCGUAGGCCUCUGUCCGAAAGUUUGUAUCGUGCCCUCAUAACCAGUCGGGUCUUGCCUUAUACUCUAAUCAAAGGUGUGAAAGAGACAGCCGGGGCUCUGUCUCUCAACCGUCCUUUAAAACAAUGUAUGGCCUUUUAGACAAACUAUAAAUAUUUUUAAUGCAUCAUUUUUCACAACAGUGUGGUUUGGGAGUCGGUGUCCUAGCGAAUGACUGACUUGCUGAGCGGAAAUGCGUUCAAUGUUUAGUAUUUUCGGGAGAUUGUUCGAGUCAAUCAUCCAACAUAAAAAGGUUUUGUCUCCCUCGCUGUCUCUUCCUUAAUCCUAUUCUUCUCUGACAUUUGUCGGUGGAACAAAAUGUCCGACACUUCUGUUGAAUGGCCCCUUUUUGUUCACUUCCAUAUCAGUCCGCCGUCCUUCCAUCACGCCCCCCACCCCCACCCCCCCAUGGAUGUGACAUUAUGUAUGUGCCUGUCACGAGAGAAGAGCUGCUGACAAAAAAAGGGGGUGCCCAGAACUGUGAAAACGGCACGGGUCAGGACUUCCUUUGGCUCUGAAUGAAGCCUUGGGAUCCACAGAGCUUAAUGGAUAACGAUCAGAGCCAGGCGGAGAAUGUUUGUCUGUCUGUCACACCCCUUGCGAGUCCAUCUGGUCGUCUUUUUUUGAAAAGAGGACCCGGCCAGGAGCAGAGGGAGCCACGUGUGGCGGCAUCCCUGAGGGAUUGGGCUUUAAUAACCGGACGCGCACCCGUGUGUGUGUGUGUGUGUGUGUGUGUGUGUGUGUGUGUGUGUGUGUGUGUGUGAGAGUGAGUGUGUGUGCGCUUUCGCACGUACGUCCAUCACUGCUCUUUCUUUUAGUUCUCUCAGGAAAAAAACUGUGUUGUUAUGGCAGGUUGAAAACUUUGAGGUCCUCUCCAGACUUCGUGGUCAGCCCAGUCUCUUCAGUGUGAAUACUGAUUACACGACUUUAAAAUUUUAGAUGCAUGCAGUGAAUACGCCAAAGCCCAGUUUUGCAUCAGGAUCGUGAUUCGGGUAAAACAAUGCAAACUUCCCUUCCGGAAGUCAUAGAUGAAGACAGGCGACCAAUUGAAAAGCACCAUUACCUUGAUGGAAUUUCAGAUUUCUCUCAAUUUGAGCUUCAGCUCUGUGGAAAAUAGGGACACCAAAACUGUCAGGUGAGAUAAUAUAAACAGCUGUCCAAGUCAAGUUGAGGAUUGGUUUGACUGAUAGGUCCAGCAAAAGUAGAUCGCUGGGAGACUGGUGUUUGUGUCCCAGUGAAACCUGAAGUCUUUGCUGACCUGUUUUAAUUGAGAGAAUGUAACUUCCAUCACUUAGAAUAUGUUAUUGAUAACAUUCAGCCACUAAAUGAUCCAUUCCCUCGCCUCCCUACCAUUUGCAUUCAUGCCAAAUCACAGCUGUCGCUCGAACCAUCUGCCCCUCAAGUGGUUGCCAGUUUGUUGCAAUGCCUUAUGUUGCUAACGUGAGGCGGUACAGUAUGCACGGCACAUCCUGUUGACGAAACACAGAUACCACAUGAUACCAGUGGUGUUAUACUAUUGGUUUCCUUUAGAUUUUUGUUUCCAUGUUCACCUGCAUACAAAAUCGAACUUUGGUGGAUGCACUCAAAGCAGUUUGAAAGCUUAAAGUCGUGUUGGUUGUACACAGGUUGAUUGGGUUGCUGUGGCAGUGGCGGGAAAUGGACCAGUGAUAAAUAAAAACCUGGCAAGAAUGAUUUAAGUAAAAAAAAAGAAUAAAAUACCAUUAAUGUAUUUAGUAAAUGUUGUGAGUAUUUACUUGAGCUUGCUCCAGGAAUCAGCUGGAGUUAGGGUUUUGUUCAGUCUGAGGGCUAUUCAGUUGGUUCCGAUUCAGUAGGUGAGCUCGCUCAACCUCACAGGAGCAUUUGAUUGUAUUUAAUGUGUUUGAUAUGCCAUUAGAGAUACCACUGCGUAUACAAGGCUGAGCUCAUGUAAAAGAAAGCCAUCAGUGUUGAUCUUUUAUAUUACAGUUUUGGGGAAAAAGUAAAAUGUGUUUGUUUGUAAUGUAAAAGCUGUUAAGUUGUAUAUAAAAGUACAAUAAAAAAUACAAAAGAGAGGAGGAAAAAAAAACACUUAAUGUGCAAAGACAUGAAGACAGGGUUCAACAGUGUCAAUGAUAAUGACUUGAUGCAGUUUGGUAUUGGUCAUACUAUUAAAUCUACCAUUUUAUGUUCAGGUAAACACACGCUGGUUUUGUUGUUAUCAGUCAAAAACAAUUAAUCUACUGAAUAUUCUGUUUGUAAUGUGAAGUACAGUAAGUUAAUUUAGGAGAUUAAAAAAAUAGAUUUUCUAUUCCAUGUGUAUGCGGCAGCUGUACUUUACUGUAUGUGCUUAAAUUGAUUUUUUGGCUUACUGUUGUGAAUUAAGCACAUUCUCCAGUUUUUUGAAGAAGCAAACGUCUACAAACAUUCAAGUACGGAUGCCCAGAAUGGAGCGGAGAAGUUGGAGUUGUAUAAUGAAAAAAAAAAAAAAAAAAAA